AGCCGAGCCGCGCCGCCAGCCCGCCAGUCCGCGCUCCUGUCCGCCGUGUCUAGCAGCGGGGCCCAGCAUGGUCAUGGCGGAUGGCCCGAGGCACUUGCAGCGCGGGCCGGUCCGGGUGGGGUUCUACGACAUCGAGGGCACGCUGGGCAAGGGCAACUUCGCCGUGGUGAAGCUGGGGCGGCACCGGAUCACCAAGACGGAGGUGGCGAUAAAAAUAAUAGAUAAAUCUCAGCUGGAUGCAGUGAACCUUGAGAAAAUCUACCGAGAAGUACAAAUAAUGAAAAUGUUAGACCACCCUCAUAUAAUCAAACUUUAUCAGAAGAUGGAAACAAGAAGUAGAUUUUAUCUGUUAAUUAAGGUGGUGAGAGGAGGUGAUAUUUUUAACUAUCUUGCUAAUCAUGGCCGGUUAAAUGAGUCCGAAGCCAGGCGAAAAUUCUGGCAAAUUCUGUCUGCUGUUGAUUAUUGUCAUGGUCGGAAGAUUGUGCACCGUGACCUUAAGGCUGAAAAUCUCCUGCUGGAUAACAACAUGAAUAUCAAAAUAGCAGAUUUCGGUUUUGGAAAUUUCUUUAAAAGUGGUGAACUACUGGCAACGUGGUGUGGCAGCCCCCCAUAUGCAGCCCCAGAAGUCUUCGAAGGGCAGCAGUAUGAAGGACCACAGCUGGAUAUUUGGAGUAUGGGAGUUGUUCUUUACGUCCUUGUCUGUGGAGCUCUGCCUUUUGAUGGACCAACUCUUCCGAUUUUGAGGCAGAGGGUUUUGGAAGGAAGAUUCCGGAUCCCAUAUUUCAUGUCGGAAGAUUGUGAGCACCUUAUUCGAAGGAUGUUGGUCCUAGACCCAUGCAAACGGCUAACCAUCGCUCAAAUCAAGGAGCAUAAAUGGAUGCUCAUCGAAGUUCCUGUACAGAGACCUGUUCUCUACCCACAAGAGCAAGAAAAUGAGCCAUCCAUCGGGGAGUUUAAUGAACAGGUCCUGCGAUUGAUGCACAGCCUUGGAAUAGAUCAGCAGAAAACCAUUGAGUCUUUGCAGAACAAGAGCUAUAACCACUUUGCUGCCAUUUAUUUCUUGUUGGUGGAGCGCCUGAAAUCACACAGGAGCAGUUUUCCAGUGGAGCAGAGACUUGAUGGCCGCCAGCGCCGGCCUAGCACCAUCGCUGAGCAAACAGUUGCCAAGGCACAAACCGUGGGACUCCCAGUGACCAUGCAUUCGCCGAACAUGAGACUGCUGCGCUCUGCCCUCCUCCCACAGGCCUCCAACGUGGAGGCCUUUUCCUUCCCAGCGUCGGGCUGUCAGGCGGAAGCAGCAUUUAUGGAAGAAGAAUGUGUGGACACUCCAAAGGUAAACGGCUGUCUGCUCGACCCUGUGCCUCCUGCCCUGCUGAGGAAGGGCUGCCAGUCGCUGCCCAGCGACAUGAUGGAGACCUCCAUUGACGAAGGAUUAGAGACAGAAGGAGAGGCCGAGGAAGACCCCAGCCACUCCUUCGAGGCAUUUCAGUCCACACGCAGUGGGCAGAGGCGGCACACUCUGUCUGAAGUGACCAAUCAGCUGGUCGUGAUGCCUGGGGCAGGGAAAAUUUUCUCCAUGAGUGACAACCCCUCCCUUGACAGUGUGGACUCUGAGUAUGAUAUGGGGUCUGUUCAGAGGGACCUGAACUUUCUGGAGGACAACCCUUCCCUUAAGGACCUGAUGGUAGCCAAUCAGCCCUCACCCCGCAUGACAUCUCCCUUCAUAAGCCUGAGACCCACCAACCCAGCCAUGCAGGCUCUGAGUGCCCAGAAACGAGAGGCCCACAACAGGUCGCCAGUGAGCUUCAGAGAGGGCCGCCGGGCAUCGGACACCUCCCUCACCCAAGGAAUUGUAGCAUUUAGACAGCAUCUUCAGAAUCUGGCUAGAACCAAAGGAAUUCUAGAGCUGAACAAAGUGCAGUUGCUGUAUGAACAGAUAGGAUCAGAGGCAGACCCAUCAGCUGCUCCCCAGCUCCAAGACCUUGCCAGCAGUUGCCCUCAGGAGGAAGUUUCCCAGCAGCAAGAAAGUGUCUCCACUCUCCCGACCAGCGUGCAUCCUCAGCUGUCCCAGCGGCAGAGCCUGGAAUCCCAGUACCUGCAGCACAGACUCCAGAAGCCCAGCCUUCUGUCAAAGGCCCAGAACACCUGCCAGCUUUACUGCAAAGAACCACCGCGGAGCCUUGAACAGCAGCUGCAGGAACACAGGCUCCAACAGAAGCGACUCUUCCUCCAGAAGCAGUCUCAGCUGCAGGCGUAUUUUAAUCAGAUGCAGAUAGCGGAGAGCUCCUACCCACAGCCAAGUCAGCAGCUGCCCCUUGCCCGCCAGGAGAGUCCUCCACCGUCUCAGCAGGCGCCCCCAUUCAGCCUGACCCAGCCCCUCAGCCCCGUCCUGGAGCCCUCCUCCGAGCAGAUGCAAUACAGCCCUUUCCUCAGCCAGUACCAGGAGAUGCAGCUGCAGCCCCUGCCCUCCACGCCGGGUCCCCGGGCUCCUCCUCCACUGCCUGCGCAGCUGCAGCAGCAGCCGCCACCGCCGCCGCCGCCACCGCCGCCACAGCAGCCAGGAGCUGCCCCAGCCCCCUUACAAUUCUCCUAUCAGACUUGUGAGCUGCCAAGCGCCGCUUCCUCCGCGCCAGACUAUCCUGCUCCCGGUCAGUACCCUGUGGAGGGAGCCCAGCUAAGCGGCCUGGCGGGGCCGGACUGCCCCAGGAGCUCAGGACUGCAGGAGGCCACCUCGAGCUACGACCCGCUGGCCCUCUCUGAGUUACCCGGACUCUUUGACUGUGAAAUGCUGGACGCUGUGGAUCCACAACACAGUGGGUGUGUCCUGGUGAAUUAACCUCAGCACAGGAAGUGAGGCGGGUCAAGUGAAGGAAGACUGUGUAUUUCUAUUUUUAUUCCAGCCUUUAAAUUUGAAGCUUAUUUUCUUGCCCUCUCCCUAAUGGGAAGAAAUCAAGUCGCCCAACUGGAAUCCGAGGGCCUGGCUGGGGUGGAUGUCGCUUCCUCCUGCCUCUGUCCCACCACGAAGUUUUCUGUGGCAAGUGCUGGGACAUAGUUGUAGGCUACAGCUCAUGCCCUUAGGUUGAGGGGAGCAAGCUCUCGAGGGAGGCACCAACUGUUUCCAUAAGAAGACGACUUUCAGACCUAGGUUUUUGCGGAAUUACACCAGUCAUCAUCAAGGGAAACCUUGGUGAAAGCAGGAAAAACGUGUGCCGUUGCAUAUAUAUGGGCAAACAAAAAAGGCAAUAUAUUUUUCACUGAAGCUGAGCAACAACACGUUGCUUCAAGGCCAAUCAAGAAUACAUAAUGAAAUUCGAUGCACAGGAAAUAAAGGAAAGUUGUACUUUGUCAUUGAAUCAUAAGUUCUUAGCUGCUGAUGCAAGUUGUCCCCAAAGCUGUCGCAAAGCAGUGGAGCGUGAGCUGUUUCAGGGGCCACUAAAUAACAGCUGGUACUGACCCCUGAGACCGGCUGUCGUCUCCAUCUGGGAGCGAACAACACACGUCGUGAGAAGGUACCCCUGGGUUGCUGAGUGUCAGAAUAUACUCAGGGCUCCAAAGAUGUCACCUGUAGAAUCGACAGGAGACCCACUAAUGGAGGCGGGGGGCGAGAAACUCGAGAAGGCGUCAGGAGCACCAGCCCCGGGCCAGGGAAGACAGGCUCUUUCUGCACUGUCUCUUGUGGAGACUUCUGGUUUGGGGGCAGUUGGUCUCCGGAGGCCCUGUCGUCUCUUUUACAGUGUAACAGCUACUCCGACUCACACCAUAUGUUGCUAGUAGUCUAUUGAGCUUUGUGUAUUUGGACAGUUUCAUAUAGGGCUUAGGAAUUUUAAGGACACAGAAAAUGAACUCUUAUGUCCCAUGUGAAGUGGUAGUGCUGUGCCUUUCCCCCCGGAUCAUGCUUUAAUUCUUUCUUUUCUGUAGAAACCAACAGUUUUCCAUUUAUGUCAAUGCUAAAUCCAAAGUCACUUCAGAGUUUGUUUUCCACCAUGUGGGAAUCAGCAUUCUUAAUUUCCUUAAAGUUUUGACUUGUAAUGAAACAUUCACGUAUAACAGCAAUAGUCAAAGAACCACAGAUGUGUUAACCAUUUAAGCAGAUCAUCUGCCAAACGCGUUAUAUUACUAGCAAAACUUAACCAACCCUUACAAUUCAUUCAUCAAAGUAAGUGAAAAAUAGAUGCUAAAGCUACUUAACUAUAAACCUAGAAGUAAUGAGUAAUCUGUCAUUUGGACAGUAACAUCCAGGUGUUACAAAUUCAGUAUUAUUUAUAAAGAUUAUAAUUUCUGUCCUUUAGAAUGGCUUGUCCUAUCAGCAGAUGAAUGCGUUAAGCACAAAGCAUCUUCCUUAAAGCACAAAGAAGAGAGAUACUACACUGAUGCUGCAUCUAGAAAACACCUUUAAGUUGCCUUUCCUCUUUGUAGUAAGUGUCCAGACAGGCGAGGGGAAGCAUGGAAAACCUAGGGAGUUCCAUUCUGGCCCUGCAGCCCCGCCCCUAGCAGUGCUGGUAACUUGCAGCUCUUGUCGCUGGCCAGAGUCUGCCCAGUCGCUGGGGCUCCACGUCGGUGCCAGCAUGCUGUGCAGAGGCCCCGUGCUUGGGGUUGGACUCUGGGUGUCAGCAGGAAAGGGUAGUGUAGGGGCUGUCAUUUCUGUGAUUUAAUAACACAGUGACAGUCCAGGAAGAGUGAAUUAAGUUCCUUCUGUGGAUUGCUUUUUCCUCCUCGUGCUUAAGAUUGAUGAUUUCGUGAAAUAAAGAACAUCAUUUCAUUUAA